AGAUAUUCAGUCGGUGGGCCGGGUGCGAAUGUUUCGCUUUCAAAGGCCGUUGUUUGGCCGCUUGCUGCUGUUGCCCUUUUACCUGGCCCUAUUCAUCUUGGCGCUCUGCCCCUAUUUGCGUCAUACUUUGCAUCAUUGCAUCGAUUGCCUUUUCGAUCUGUUGACCUCUC